UAUCGAUCCGCAGUGUACUGUUUGCUCCAUCACAGAAACAUGUUUUGUCAUGCAAGGUGGAGCAGUGACCUGUAAAAUAUCGGAAUGUGAUGAACCUGAUGUAUUAGAUCCGAAUAGUAAUGUGUUAGGAAACAAGAGGAAAGUGGGAGACAAGUUCUUGCAUUCUUGCAAUUAUAUGACUGGCAUCUCAAAUACAUCAGUCUGUGGGGAGGAUGGACAAUGGUCAGCACAGCAGUUUGUAUGCCCUGUAGCGAAUCUUGAAGGAAAACUUUUCAUGAUUUACGUCAAACAAAACAACGAAUACUGGCAUUUCGACGGAGGUCAUCCUACCUUGAAAGCAGUAACGUCAAUUUGGCAACCAUCAGAUAAUUUUGUCAAAUUCAUGUUUGAGAAACAAGUAGAUGGAUCAUACAAAAUAAAGUCCGUUGCAAUGCCUGUAUAUAUGUAUGAUGGCUAUGGUGUAGCUGGUGCGCAUGCGUCGGUUUUAAAUGGUAACGACAACACUGACGACGACCACAUGUGUUACCUUGUUUCCAGAGACGGACAGGAUUACUACAGGAUACAAACAAAAGCUACUGGACGAUAUGUUCGAUUAGACUCCGACAGAUAUGUUUCAUCCAAAUACAACAUAAUUGAUGACAGAUCAUUAUUUGAGUUGGUGGAGGUGUAAUGUUUCCUUUAUAAGGUAGUUUAAUAAACUGGAUGUAAUGGCGUUACGUCAUAUAUCCGGAAAAUGUAGAAAAAAGCCUGGAUUGUGUAUACGGAAAUGAACAUCAUUUUAUGAUUUUUUGGCAACAGGUGUGUGAAUUUGUUUCAAAGACAACGUUACAAUCUGUCUAAAGUUAAAAUACGAUAGUAAAACAUCAGACACGUUAAUUAAUUCUUAACAAUGUGUGAUAUUAGCUUGAAAUGCGCGAAUCUCUUAAAUCGUGGGCAAAUAUCUCUAAAACAAGCUCACGGACCUAAACAUUUUAUUUCACCAUAAUUAUUAUAGUGGAAAAUAUACAAGAAUGAAAGAUAUGAUACAUAUAAAUUAUUUUGUUGAUACCUAAAAAUGUUAAAUAUAAAUCAUUACUCCCAAUAAUCAUUUUAAUUUUCGAAUAUAUAUAUAUACCCGUUGUGAAAUGCGGCGUAAAUGUGAAAUAGAUAAACCGUGUAUAUUUGAGUACCUUCGGUUGCAAACAGAGUAAGUAUGUACAAUCGCAGUGUUUAACUGUGAGCUUUUGUUACAGGCCGUAUUCACAACCUUUUAUAACACAUGAAUCACAGGAAUAUUUCACAUCAAUAGUAACCCUCAUUCUAAAUCAGCUUCAGCAAACACGAUUCACGGUUCUUGAAACUUUUUCCAAAUCAUAACGAUGAAACACACAUUGUAUCUAUACAUUUUUCAAAAUCUUUCUCACGGUUUAUGACAUUUAACGGAAAAGCAACGCAAAUUUUAGGAUGAAGAGGAUAGAAGAAAAAAUUCUGCGAAGAAAACACCCUGGAAACAUUAGAUUAAUUAACUUACUGUUCACGGGACCCCAGUUACGCAUAACAAAUAUCAUUGUUCAGAUGUCAUGCAUUGUCCUAUUUGCUCACAUUAUAGAUUUGCAAGGGGGAUUGCAUUUUAUUAUUACUGAUUAUAAUUAUUACUUUUUAAAACGUCUUUAUGUACAACUGCUUACAGCGUUUAUCAUUUUAAUCAAGGUAGAUAUUCAAAUUAUGUUUAUAUUGUGGUGUUUGUUGCAUUUUUAUAUAUUUUCAUAUGCUACAACACACCAAAUAGCUGAUCUUCUUUAUUCUAUAUAAAAUUGACAUAUUUCCAAUGGCUGCAACACACAUCAACACCAAUUUUAAAUGUCUGUAACUUACAUUUUCUUGAAGAAUAUUGUCAGUGCUGAAUAAAAAUAAAAAGAAACGUGGGGGUCAUGUUUGAUGCUAGAAAAAUAUUUUCAGUCAAACACAAACUGCAAAAUCAGCUAGAAAUAAUAUCCCAAAUUAUAAUGGUGGUGUACGAUCUAAGUAUCCAUGACAAAUUCUGUCAUGUUAUUAAUUCAUUAUGAAAAUGCUACAUGUCAAGCAUAGAUCUGUCAUGUUAUUUCAGCAAAAAAUUAAAAAGAAAAUAAGGAAAAUAGCUAGUAUAACAAAAUGAUGACUAUUUAAAUCCGCCAUUAUGCGACUACCAUUUUUUUUCGCACCAUUUGCUUAUUUAGUGUCUGUAUUGCUCAUAUGGACAGCUUUGAGAAGCAUUUAAAUUUGUCAUUUGCUGAGAUAUUAUGUCAUCUCAUUUUUUCCUGAGUAGAGAAAACGUCCGUUAAGGCAAUAUUUGCGCAUGCUUGAGAUGUGAACUCACAUGUUUUUGAGUUUAUGGAUCAAAACUAUUUCUUUCUGGCGCAUUCAUCAAACUGAAAAGGAAAGGAAUUUCGAAGUGAUGUACGACAAAAAUUGCUUUCUUUUCUGCUUUUUAUUUUCUGACAAGAAUUUUUUCUCGUUUGCAUUUUUAAAGUUGAUGCCAUUAUUAUGGGCCAGGCCAGGUAUUAAAAAAUGAAACUCGUCAUUUAUGAUAUACAUUGCACUGACAUAAAGCUAUCACAAAUACUCCGCGCCUGUGGGCACGGAGAUCAGGGUGUGCUCCAGUUACCGCGGACUUACAAAACACAUCUGAAACCUUACUUUUGCCGAUAAGUUCAACAAGUUUAAUUAUGUAAUAAAUUCUAAAUUGUUUAUUAGCUAAAUUCCUCAUUGCAUAUGAAAUCCGAGUUUCACAACUAUUCAAAAAAUCUGUGAUCCUUUAUUAUAUGUAGAAAUAUGUCUCGCUCUUUUUGAGUGUUUUCAUCUACUUGUGUAUGUAUUUGCACUUGUGUUGUGAAAAAAAAUAAAUAAAAAAAAAUAUUUUUUUCCAUAUCUUUAUAGGAACAUGUGUAUCUUUUUGAUCCGAUGAUAAUUUAUAGUACGCUGUAUUAUUGCUGCUAUACCUAUUUAUUUACUUUAUUAUAGGUAAAAAUUAUUUAUAUGUACAUGUAUUUUUUCAUUAUAACACGUUACAAGUAAUACAUGUGACGUCCGUCACAUUUUACUGUCGUCUGUUUCCCGCUAUUCUAGCAUAAAACUGCUGUUCUUGUCACUUUUCGGGGGUGUUUUAACAGGAGAGAAAACGUGAGAUUCUCGCGCUCGCGUGCUGUUAUAACAUCUUUUUAUAUUUGCGCGUUCCGUGGCAAAGCGUAAACGUCAUUUGGCCCCAAAACGGAUAAUUCAAAACGAAAUGACGUCAACGUAAAAAACAAUCCAGACAUUCCCGCGCAUUUCGUGGAAAAUUAAUGACGUUGAGAGACAUUGUAUCCAUUUAUCAGUUUAUACGCGUUUUAUGCUAGAAUAGCGUUAGCGCAUGUUCAUUUCGUGUUAUAACAUUUGCAGAAUCCCUCCGGAUACAUUGGUACGCUCGCCCUAACGGGCUCGGGUACCAACCAAUCCCUUGGAAUUCUGCAGAUGUUAUAACACGAAAAAACAUGCGUUAUCCCUUCAUUCUAGCGUAACGUAACGUACUAUGUUUAACCUUAUUUCCGUUGUUUAUUAUUAUUAUUAUUCCCUGAAGAAGGUAUGUAGCUGAAACGUUGCAAAUAUAGUAAAUUUUGAAAAUGACAGG